GAUAAUCACUCUGAAAGAACAGCACAAAAAAAACAGAGUAACAGUGAAGUAGACCAAGAAGAAGAAGAAGAUCAGCUUGAUUUAAAACCACAGCACACAGAUAAAGAAGUUUUGGGAAGAGGCUCUGUGGUCGUGACUCAAGAGAAGAACACUAUUCGCAGAUGCUGAAUGAUUUUCUGGCUUCAUCAGUUCACAUGAGCAAGGGGACAACAUGUUGAUGCGCUUCAUGAGUUGACGUUGCAGUAUAAUUUCAUGAUCCAAAGUCCAACUGUUGCGACAACAUGCACCCACUGCAAUACGGAAAGGAUUGGAAAGGAUUAAUCGGUUAUAAGGAUUGAAAUUAUGUUCCCAGUAUUCUUUAAGGAUGACUUCUAAAUACCUUCAAAAGGACUGAUCCACACAGGCCAAAGGAUGGCAAAAAGUGUAAUGGUGGCCUACUUUUUGUGGGCAGUAGGUGGGCCUUUGGGCCUUCACCAUUUAUAUUUAGGAAGAGACAGCCAUGCUCUGUUGUGGAUGCUAACCAUUGGUGGAUUUGGGUUUGGCUGGGUCAGAGAGGUUUUACGUAUUCCUGCAUAUGUUGGAGAGGUCAAUCAAGAUGCAGAGAAAGAAAGAAGAGUUCCAUCAGUAGGCCCUGUCAGAUUUGCUGGACAGGUGUGUGUUGGGAUCUACUUCGGCAUCGUGGCUGUGAUCGGACUGAACUCCCUCAGGUUCUUCUACCUGAUCGUUCUGCCUCUCUGUGUGGGUGCAGGGGUGCACCUGGUGUCCAGUAUUGGCCAGCAGACCUCUGAUCUCCAAAAAACGUUGACUACUUGUCUCAUAACCUCUCCAAUAUUCUAUGGAAGCUCAUUUUCACCUCUCCCUAUAAGCCUGGCUGCCAGUGUGACUGCAGCAAAGCAUCGCAGGUUCAAACCUCCACGAACACCUGGGUCAACACAGGAACUAGGUCCAAGGCUUUACAGGCUUGGUCUAGCCUGGCUGGCCUUCUCUGCUCCUCUGGGUUACUGUAUUUUCCAUAACACCACAGCCACACUGUACUACCUGUCUGACUGUUUUGCAGCAUUGCUAGACUUUUUCUGGUUUUUGCCUUGGCUCAGAAGUGUAUUGGAGUACAUACUUCUAAUGCCAUAUCGGAUAUUGUGUGUUAUUACUGGAGGGGGCUACUAUGAAGAGGCCUGGAGGAAGGUACUGGACAUACUGCUCAAGGAAUACACUGAGAAGGAAAAAGAGGCACUUCAGGUACUUUCACUGGAAGUAGAAGCCUCUCUUGAAGAGAUAACCCGCAGCUACAGGGAGCAAGCAAAGAAAUGGCAUCCAGACCACAAUCCAAGCAAGGAUGCUGAGGCAAUGUUUGUGAGGGUCCAUGAGGCUUAUGAGGUCCUUCUUCAACACCACAGACCUCAGCGAUUCAAAUAGUUUCCCUUCAUUAUUUACUGAUUGUCCUGAAUAGUUGCUCAACAGUGAGACUCUUGAUUGCAUUGUCUUCUCACUCAUUAUUUUUGAUGAAAAUCUAAAAGCAGAUCACGAUCAGUGACUUGCAUGUGUUUUACUUUUUUUUUUUUUAGACAUCCACAGUUUUUUGAUUUGUUACUUGGCAGAGUUGGUGUCAAACAGAAGUUUGCCGCCACCUUGUGGUGCUAUAGCUAUAUUAGCAUCAUAUACAAUUCCAUCAGAACAUUUUACUUAUAUUUAAAUGUCUGCUUAUAUUCUAUUAAAACGCUACCACUUCAAACACAUAUCAUUUAACCGCACACUGGGAAUGCUGCAGCAUUUAAUUCUUGAAAUAGGCCUAUGUCAUAACAGUGUAAUAAUGGUAGCCUAUAACGACACAAGCCAAAAAGAGGUUGCACUGUCAUUUAGCAUUUCUGGAUGAGGAAUAGACUAUUAACAUUUUCUAAUUGAUGUGGCACAUUAUUUGAUUCAAUGUAACCAGCUUCCUGGACAGCGAAUAGCCUGCAGGCUAUUUUCAAUAAAGUUAUUCCUGCACAGUA